UUUGAUAUGGAAAGUGCUCUCUACCAACUUUUUCGAGAAGAGGGAAUAACCGUUGUUUCUACAGGACAUCGUUUUUCCCUUAAACAAUUUCAUGACUUGGAACUUUCUUUGAGGGGACGGCAAUGGACGAUAAUUGAUUUAUUGGAGGCAAGUCAUACAGAUCGCUCAAUUACUUCAAAUAACACGGCUUCUUAG